AUGAGCAAGAGGCACAUAAGUGUGGGCCAGCAAACGUGGGCUCUCCUCUGCAAGAACUUUCUGAAGAAAUGGAGGAUGAAGAGAGAGACCUUGUUGGAAUGGUUUUUCUCAUUUCUUCUAGUAUUAUUUGCAUACCGACUUUCCUCCAAUUUACAUCAAGUUAAUGACUUCCCUCAAUUGCCUGCUAUGAAUCUGGGACGUGUAGAUAAUUUUAAUGAUUCUAAUUAUGUGAUUGCAUUUGCACCUGAAUCCAAAACAACCCAGGAGAUCAUGAACAAAGUGGCUUCAGCCCCAUUCAUGAAAGGAAGAACAAUCAUAGGGUGGCCGGAUGAGAAAAGCAUGGACGAUUUGGAUUUAAACUACUCUAUAGAUGCAGUGAAAGUCAUCUUUAAUGAUACCUUCUCAUAUCAUUUGAAGUUUUUCUGGGGAGGGAGAAUCCCCAAGAUGAAGGAACACAGAGACCAUUCAGCUCAUUGUCAAGUGAUGGAUGAAAAAAUCACAUGUGAAGGUUCGAUGUUCUGGGAGAAAGGCUUUGUAGCUUUUCAAGCUGCCAUUAAUGCCGCUAUCAUAGAAAUCACAACAAAUCAUUCAGUGAUGGAAGAGCUGAUGUCAAUUACUGGUAUAAAUAUGAAGAUAUUACCUUUUGUUGCCCAAGCAGGAGUUGCAACUGAUUUUUUCAUAUUCUUCUGCAUUAUUUCUUUUUCCGCAUUCAUUUACUAUGUAUCAGUCAAUGUUACACAAGAAAGGCAAUACAUUAAGUCAUUGAUGAUGAUGAUGGGCCUUCGAGAAUCAGCAUUCUGGCUCUCCUGGGGUUUGAUGUAUGCUGGUUUCAUCUUUAUUGUGGCUACUUUGAUGGCUCUUAUUGUAAAAUCUGCCCAAGUUGUCGUCCUAACUGGCUUUGUGGUGGUGUUCACCCUCUUUCUCCUCUAUGGCCUGUCUUUGAUAACUUUAGCUUUCCUGAUGAGCGUGUUGAUAAAGAAACCUUUCCUUACUGGAUUGGUUGUCUUUCUCCUUACUGUCUUUUGGGGGAGUCUGGGAUUCACUGCAUUGUACAGACAUCUUCCUGCAUUUUUGGAAUGGACCUUAUGUCUUCUUAGCCCUUUUGCUUUCACUACUGGAAUGGCUGAGCUUAUACAUUUGGACUAUGAUGUGAAUUCUAACAUCCAUUUGGAUUCUUCAGACAACCCAUACCUAAUAAUAGCUACUCUUUUCAUGUUGGUUUUUGAUGCUCUUCUGUAUUUGGCUUUGACAUUAUAUUUUGACAAAAUUUUGCCCACUGAAUAUGGACAUCGACGUUCUCCUUGGUUUUUCCUGAAAUCCUCUUUUUGGUUUCAACACCAAAGGGCUGAUCAUGUGGCCCUUGGGAAUGAAAUAGAUUCAGAUUCUUCAUCCAACGACUCUUUUGAACCAGUGUCUCCAGAAUUCCACGGGAAAGAAGCCAUCAGAAUAAGAAAUCUUAGGAAAGAAUAUGGAAAAGGAAAUCAUGAAAAAAUAGAAGCCUUGAAAGGUCUGGUAUUUGACAUAUAUGAAGGCCAGAUCACUGCCCUCCUUGGUCACAGUGGAGCUGGGAAAACAACCCUGUUAAACAUGCUCAGUGGACUGUCCGUCCCAACAUCAGGUUCAGUCACAAUCUAUAAUCACACCCUUUCGGAAAUGACUGACUCCAAAACCGUUAGCAAGCUCACUGGAGUCUGUCCACAAUCCAAUGUGCAAUUUGGCUUCCUCACUGUGAAAGAAAAUCUCAGGCUCUUCGCUAAAAUAAAGGGGAUUCAGCCACAUGAAGUGGAACAAGAGAUACAACAAGUUUUAAGGGACUUGGAGAUGGAAAAUAUUCAAGAUAUUCUUGCUCAAAAUUUAAGCGGUGGACAAAAAAGGAAACUAACUUUUGGGAUUGCCAUUUUAGGAAACCCUCAGGUUUUGCUAUUGGACGAACCAACUGCUGGAUCAGAUCCUCUUUCAAGGCACUGUGUAUGGAACCUCCUAAAAGAGAGGAAAUCCGAUAGAGUCAUUCUCUUCAGUACCCAGUUCAUGGAUGAGGCUGACAUCCUGGCUGAUAGGAAGGUGUUUAUAUCCAAUGGGAGGCUGAAGUGUGCAGGCUCUUCUCUAUUCCUGAAGAAGAAAUGGGGCAUUGGCUACCAUUUGAGUUUGCAUCUGAAUGAAAUGUGUGAUCCAGACAAUAUAACAUCACUUGUUAAACAGCACAUCCCUGAUGCCAAAUUAACAGCACAAAGUGAAGAAAAGCUCAUAUAUAUUUUGCCUUUGGAGAGGACAAACAAAUUUCCAGAUCUUUACAGGGAUCUUGACAGAUGCUCUAACCAGGGCAUUGAGAAUUACGGUGUUUCCAUGACAACUUUGAAUGAAGUGUUCUUGAAAUUAGAAGGAAAAUCAGCUAUUGAUGAAUCAGACCCUGUGGGAGUUUGGGGAGAAAUCCCUGAUCACAGGUUCUCAAUAGCAUGUAACACCAAAAGGCUGAAUUGCUUUCCUGUCCUCAUGGAUAUCAUCAGCAAUGGGCUACUUGGAAUUUUUAAUUCUUCAGAACACAUUCGGACUGACAGAAGCACAUUAUUGCUUUUUGGCAUCAGCUUUUGCCCUCAGCUUUUGGAACAUCUAUUCUAUGAGUUAUAUCAAAAAAGUUAUUCUUGGGGACUGACUCCUAAUAUGUACUUCCUCUCUCCGGGACAACCACCUCAAGCUCCUCUGACCCACUUACUGGUCAUCAAUAAAACAGGGUCAAGUAUUGAUAACUUUAUACAUUCACUGAGGCAACAGAACAUAGCUUUGGAAGUGGAUGCCUUUGGAACUAGAAGUGGCCCAAAUGAGCUAUCAUACAAUGGUGUUAUCACUGUGUCAGGUGAUGAUAAGGAUCACAGGUUCUCAAUAGCAUGUAACACCAAAAGGCUGAAUUGCUUUCCUGUCCUCAUGGAUAUCAUCAGCAAUGGGCUACUUGGAAUUUUUAAUUCUUCAGAACACAUUCGGACUGACAGAAGCACGUAUUUUGAAGAGCACAUGUCUUAUGAGCAUGGGUACCUGAGCAAUGCCUUCUUCUGGAUACCUGUGGCAGCCUGUUUUACUCCUUUCAUUGCGAUGAGCAGCAUCGGCGACUAUAAAAGAAAAGCUCACUCCCAGCUACGGAUUUCAGGCCUCUACCCUUCUGCAUACUGGUUUGGCCAGGCACUGGUGGAUAUUCCACUCUACUUCUUGAUCCUCCUUCUGAUGCAAAUAAUGGAUUACGUUUUUAGCCCAGAUGAAAUUAUAUUUAUAAUUCAAAACCUGUUAGUGCAGAUCUUGUGUAGUAUUGGAUAUGUCUCAUCUCUGGUUUUCUUGACAUAUGUGAUUUCAUUCAUUUUUCGCAAUGGGAGAAAAAAUAGUGGUAUUUGGUCAUUUUUCUUCUUAAUUAUCACCAUCUUCUCGAUAGUUGCUACAGAUCUAAAUGAAUAUGGAUUUCUAGGGUUAUUUCUCUGCACCAUAUUAAUACCACCUUUCACACUGAUUGGUUCUCUAUUCAUUUUCUCUGAGAUUUCUCCUGACUCCAUGGAUUAUUUAGGAGCUUCAGAACAUCAAAUUGCGUUUCUGGCACCGCUAAUACCUUACCUCCAUUUUUGCAUUUUUGUUUUUGUCCUCCGGUGUCUGGAAGUGAACUUUAGGAAGAAAUCAAUGAGAAAAGAUCCUGUGUUCAGAAUUUCUCCAAGAAGCAGUGGCAUUUUUCCAAACCCAGAAGAACCUGAAGGAGAGGAUGAAGAUGUUCAGAUAGAAAGAAGGAGAACCACAAAUGCUGGGACUGUUGAAGACUUUGAUGAGAAACCCGUCAUCAUUGCUAGCUGUCUACGGAAGGAAUAUGCAGGCAAAAGGAGAAACUGCUUUGCGAAGAGGAAGAAAAAAGUGGCCAUAAGAAAUGUCUCUUUCUGUGUUAAAAAAGGUGAAGUUAUAGGGCUCUUAGGACACAAUGGAGCUGGUAAAAGUACAACUAUUAAGAUGAUAACUGGAGAUACAAAUCCAACCGCAGGGCAGGUGAUUUUGAAAGGGAGCAGUGAGGGGGACUCCCUCGGGUUCCUGGGAUACUGUCCUCAGGAGAACGUGCUCUGGCCUAACCUGUCAGUGAGGGAACAUCUAGAGGUGUUCGCUGCCAUCAAAGGGCUGAAGAAAGGGGACUCCACAGUCACCAUCACACGGUUGGUGGAUGCGCUCAAGCUGCAGGACCAGCUGAAGCUGCCCGUGAAGGCCUUAUCCGAGGGAAUAAAGAGGAAGGUGUGCUUUGCACUGAGCAUCCUGGGAAACCCAUCGGUGGUGCUUCUGGACGAGCCGUCCACGGGCAUGGACCCCGAGGGGCAGCAGCAAAUGUGGCAGGCGAUCCGGGCCACCUUUAGGAACACGGAGAGGGGCGCCCUCCUGACCACUCAUUACAUGGCAGAGGCAGAGGCCGUGUGUGACCGCGUGGCCAUCAUGGUGUCCGGAAGUCUGAGAUGUAUCGGUUCCAUCCAACACCUGAAAAGCAAAUUUGGUAAAGAGUAUCUGCUAGAGAUGAAGGUGAAGACCCCUGCCCAGGUGGAGCCCCUCCACUGUGAAAUUCUGAGACUUUUUCCCCAGGCUGCUCGGCAGGAAAGGUACUCCUCCCUGAUGGUCUAUAAGUUGCCUGUUGAGGAUGUGCACCCCUUAUCGCAAGCUUUCUUCAAAUUAGAGAUAGUUAAACAGAGCUUCGACCUGGAGGAGUACAACCUCUCCCAGUCCACCCUGGAGCAGGUUUUCCUGGAGCUCUCCAAGGAGCAGGAGUUGGAUGACUUUGAGGAAGAACUUGACCCUUCAGUGAAGAGGAAACUCCUCCCACAGGAAGACCCUUAA